CUCUGGCGAGAACAGGAAAGGACGCAAACUGGCAGCCGGCCAUGUAAAUAGUGACCAGAGGAUGCUAGGCGUUGAAAAGGACCGAAGGGCAGCUGCUCCUGGAUAACCGGAGCCAGGAUGAAACCACUUGCUGUCCUGGGAGUAAUACGUUUUCUACAGCCCACUGAGCGCCUGUAGCCAUGGACGCCUCCAAAAACAACACCUUCCUCAACUUCAACGACUUGGACUCGUUUCUAAACGAGCACAACUCAAACGUCAUCUGGCUCCUCGUGGCCACCAUUCUCUCCUGUGGAUGGAUCAUCUAUCUGACCUACUACAACUCUCGCAACAUCGGCCUCUUCCUCACCCUCAUCAUCAACAGAUUCUACAAGGAUGGCUACAUCCACAUCGGUUCCUUCUCCUUCUCUGUCCUGUCGGGCAAAGUCAUGUUCAGAGACGUCUACUACAUCAACCAGGACAUGUCCAUCAGGAUCCAGGACGGCUUCCUCAUAUUCCGCUGGUGGAAGAUGUACAACCCCAAACAGAAGCAGCACGAUCCAAAGGCGGAGACCAGACUCUACCUGACGGUCAACGGCUUUGAGUUUCACGUCUACAACCGGACGGACCUGUACGCUGGGCUGCAGGAGACGUUCGGCCUGGAGCCCACUCUUCUGACCAGCAGGAAGGACGAGGAGCGGGGCCAGGAGGAGCAGGCUGCCACCCUGGAAAGUGUGAACAUCAGCACCGAGGGUCCGGAGCCCGCCUCGUCGUGGCGCUCUCUCAUCCCCGUGGUGAAGCUGAACAUCAGCACCGGCCGCCUGGCGUUCGGGAACCACCACCUGCCUCAGACCCUGUGUGUGAACUUUGAGGACGCCUUCCUGACGUACGCCACCAAGCCGCCCUCCAGCCACCUGGACCAGUACAUGCACAUCGUGAAGGGCUCGCUGGAGAACGUGCGCGUCAUGCUGGUUCCCAGCCCCCGCUACCUGGGCCUGCAGAACGAUGAACCUCCCAGGCUGAUGGGUGAAGGCUUCGUGGUGAUGCAGUCUAACGACGUGGACAUCUACUACUACCAGGAUGAACCCGGGCUGGUCCCCCUGGAGCAGCAGGAGGGGGAGGAGGCCGAGACGAGCAGCGAGGACGACAAACUGCAGGACCUCCCGCCGUGCUGGGGCCUCGACAUCGUCUGUGGCAAAGGAACGGACUUCAACUACGGACCCUGGGCCGACCGGCAGAGGGACUGCCUGUGGAAGUUCUUCCUGCCGGCGGACUACCAGGCCAUGAAGGUGAGCGAGGUGGCCCAGCCAGGGAAGCCCAGGCAGAUCCAAGCCUUCGAGCUGCGCAUGAACAUCAUCGCCGACGCCACCAUCGACCUGCUCUUCACCAAGAACCGGGAGACCAACGCCAUCCACGUGAACGUGGGCGCAGGCUCCUACCUGGAAGUCAACAUCCCCAUGACCGUGGGAGAGAACGGCUACUCGCCCACCAUCAAAGGCCAGCUGCUCCAUGUGGACACCACCAGCAGCAUGCAGUACCGCACGCUCCUGGAGGCCGAGAUGUUGGCUUUCCACGUGAUCGCCAGCUACCCGCGCGUGUGGAACAUGCCGCAGGCGUGGCAGUGUGAGAUCGAGGUGUACAAGGCCACCUACCACUUCAUCUACGCCCAGAAAAACUUCUUCACAGAUCUGAUCAAGGACUGGGCGAGUGACAGCGCGCCCGACGUUUACUCCUUUGUGCCCUAUUCCUGGACCUUCAAGAUCCUGUUCCACCAGUUUGAGAUGAUUUGGGCCGCAAACCAGCACAACUGGAUCGAUUGUUCCACCAAGCAGCAGGAGAACGUGUACCUGGCGGCCUGCGGCGAGACGCUCAACAUAGACUUCACUCUGCCGUUCAACGAGUUCGUCCCCACCACCUGCCACACCCGCUUCAGCCUGAGGGCAGAGGACACAGACAUGCGGCUGUCGCUGCCAGAGUGCCACCCCAGCCGCUACCCCCUGCUCACGCUGGCCAAAGACUACCAGAACAUCAAGCUGCCCCCCGACGCCUUCCUGCCCGGAGAGAGCCAGCAGGCCCCCCCCACCAAGCCCAGCAAGCCCCGCUGGAGGAACAUCACCAAAGCAGAAGCCGGCUGGGUGGACUGCUGGAGCGUGCCAAACUUCCUGCUCAUCAUCGACUACACCUGGCACCCCAUCUACCCCCAGAAGGCCGACGAGCAGCUCAAGCAGUCGUUCUCUGAGAUGGAGGAGUCCAUGCUGUCGGCCCUGCGGCCGCCGGAGCAGAGCUCGGCGCCGCGCUACACCCGCCCCGCCGCUCCCAGCCGGGCCCCCGCCGACCCGUCGGAGCUGCCGCCGGACCGGCUCCACGUGGAGAUGGAGAUGUCUCCUGACUCCCAGAUCCUGCUCUACGGGCCCAUGCUGCGGGCGCUGGUCGCCAUCAAGGAAAACUACUUUGGGGAAGACGACAUGUACACGGACUUCGAGGAGGCCGUGUCCAGCCCCGUGCUGUCCACCGCCACGUCCUCAGGCCUGGGCUGGAUGGAGGACGGCGAGCAGAAGGACGCCUCAGACACCCAUCCUCUGGACCUGCGGCCCUGGGACAUCACCGUCCUCGUCAACCUCUACAAGGUCCACGGCCGGCUGCCCGUGCACUGCAGCAGCGAAGGGCCUGAAGGGCCGUCCGGCUUCCUGGAGCGGCUCUGCUUCGAGAUGAAGAAGGGCUACAAGGAGACCAUGCUGCAGAUGAUCCUGUCGCCCAUCCACAUCUUCGUCAGCGACAACUACCAGCGGCCCACGGCGGACGGCAUGCUGAGAGACGGCCACCUGAGCCUGUCGGGGCUGCAGAUGAGGGCCCACGCCAUGUUCUCCGCCCAGGGCCUGCCUCUGGUCAGCGACACGCUGGAGUACGCCUGGCUCAUCGACAUGCAGGCCGGCGCGCUCACCGGCCGGGUCACCGUUCCUCAGCUGGCCGGCAUGAUCGAGUGGGCCGAGACCUUCGUCUUCCACGUGGUUUCCAGGGAGUUCCAGCUGGAGCAGCCCAAGCCCUCCAUCGUCUGCCAGCACGGGGUCGACCGCCGCGUCUGUGAAGCCAAGAUGAGCUGCCUGCCCGGUCACUGCCGCACGUCCGAGGAGCUGAAGUACACCAUGACCCGGCUGGCCAUGGACGGCGUCGACCUCUUCGUGGUGGAGCACGGCUGCGCCGCCAGCGUCAAGACGGGCGUGGUCCGCGUGGCCAACUGCAACCUGCACAACCAGGCGGUGGGGGAGGGCAUCAGCGCCGUGGUGCAGGACGUCAACCUGCGGCAGUACAUCGAGCAGCAGCAGCAGCUGGGCGAGGCGGCGCGCCUGCAGCUGGCCGCGCAGGGUCAGCCGCCCCUGCUGCGACGCUCCGUCUGGCUGGAGGCCGGUUCGGUCAACCUGAACCUCAUCACGGCGGACGUGGCCCUGGCCGCCGACCACCCGGCCAAAUGUGAAGUCCAGAGGAAGUUCCUGGAGCUGCAUGACGGCCAGACCAAAAGGCUCUGGUUCCUGUGGCCUGAAGACGCCAGCGUUAGAAACAAACGAGGCAGGAACCGCUGCGGCUGCCUGGGAGGCUGCAGGUUCUUCGGAGGAACCAACAUGGGUCUGGACUUCUUCAAGCUGGAGGAGCUGACGCCUUCCUCCUCGUCUGCCUCCAGCGCCGAGGCGGACAUGUGCUACGGCCAGUCGCUGCUGCAGCCCGCCGAGUGGAUCAUGACCAAGGAGACGCCUAAAGUGGACGGAAAGGUGGUCGGGCUGAAAAGGGACACGCACUCUCCCUGCCUCCCCCCCGAGCUCCCAGAGCGCCGCGGCCAGCAGCUCCUCAGUCUGCAGGUGCCUCAGCGCUCCCACAGCCCCGCCUCCUCCUCCGAGGAGAACAGCUCCUCCAGCGCCGCCCUGCCCCUGCUGGCCGCAGAGCGGGACUCGCCCUCGCCCGGCCACGAGGAGCGCAGCUUCGCCGUCAACGGCCGGAGCCACGCCGAAGCGCUGGGCGACGUCCCGGAGGUCUCCCCCGUCUCCCCCAGCAGCUCCCAGGACCGCGCCUCGGUGCGCUCCCCCCUCUGCUCUCCUCUCAAGCGCCAGUCGUCGGUCCAGUCGGGCCGGCUGGGCAGCACCAAGAGCCUGUCGGCCGCCGUCUUCGCCGACAAGCCGCCGCCGCCGCUCGCCGCCGGGGUCCAGUUCAGCAGCGAGGUUUCCCGCAGCGACGAGAACGUGCUGGACUCCCCCCGCCAGCGCCGCAGCUACGGCUCCUUCCCCUUCACGCCGUCGGCGGACUCCAACACCUUCCACCAGUACCGCUCGGCCGACUCCAGCAUGUCGGUGGCCGAGAGCGAGGCCUACUUCUCCGCCACCGAGGACUUUGAGCCAAUCAGCAGCGCCGACGAGGGUCCGGGGACGUACCCGGGCCGCAAGAAGAAGAGGAGGCAGCAGAUGCAGCAGCCGCAGCAGCAUCCUCCGUACCGCAUGGAGAACUACAGCCGCAGCUCCAUCUACCACAGCGUGGAGGGUCCCCUCACCUACGUGCUGAACGGCGAGCUGAUCACAGAGCCGCGCCCGCUGCCCCCGCCCCCGCUGCUGCCCCCGCUGCCCCCCCAGCCCCUCGCCACCCACACCUCCCAGGCCUCCUUCGUCUCGGCCCUGGCCAUGGAGGAGGAGAGCUCUGUGGAGGCGGAGAGGACGGCCGAGCCGGGCCCCGUCACACGCCAGCCCCACGUCAUGGCGUGCUACCAGAACUACCUGGGCCACUAUCAGGUUUCCAACUGGUCCGUCAAGCAGCCCACCAAUAAGAGGACCUCCAAGUCUUCCCUGCAUCGGCCGCUCGACCUGGACACGCCCACCAGCGAAGAGAGCUCCGCCUCCUUCGACCAGCUGUCUGUGCCCACCUUUAAGGUGAUCAAGCAGGGCCUCUCAGCCAGCUCUCUGUUGGACCGAGGACUCCAGCUGAUGGGCGACAGCAGCAGCACGCCGUACACGCCCCUAGAUAAGCGCGCCAUGGAGAACACCGACGAGGACACGGCCACGGACGACUGGUCCCUGGAGCAGCCGCUGGCCCAGACCAGAACCACGGCCAUCGUGGAGGUGAAGGGCGCCAUCAACGUGGUUCUGACGCCGCUGGUGGCCGAGUCCCUGGACAGGUACAUCGAGUCCAUGGUCCACUUUGCCAGCAUCCGACACCCGGCAGGUAUCCUGGAUGACCUGCACAGCAAAGUCCUGAACGAGGCCUAUCAGAUCAGCAAGUCCACGGUCAGCGAGUCGAGUCAGGCCGCCAAGCAGGAGCAGAAGCUCUCCAAGACGGAGGCCACGACCAACGGACCCACCGAGCCGUCCGUCAAGCCGGACAACGUGAAGAUAAAGGGCCUCCAGGCCAACGUCUCCAUCCCCAAGGUGAACCUCUGCCUGCUGCAGGCCUCCGUGGAGGAAGGCUCGCCGUCCUGCUCCACCAAGUGCGUCCCCCACGUGUCUCUGGUGGCGCUGUGCUUCGACAGGAUAGCCACCCAGUUCAGGAUGAACAGGGGGAUCGUGGAGGAGGCGCCCAACGCCAGCGAGCACGGCCGGCCCUCCGUCAUGCUGGAGAAGUACGCCUCGGCCACCAAGAUGCAGCCGCAGUCCUCCGGGUCGCUGCGCUCCAACGCCGGCAUCGAGAAGGGCAAAGAGAUCGCCGCCAGACUCAACGUCCACCGCAUCCACAGCCAGCUGCGAGGCCUGGACUCCACAGACGUCGGGACCUUCGCCAUCACCGCCAUCCCCUUGGAGAAGUCCAAGGUGCUGUUUGGUCUGGAGGACAUGGAGGAGUUUUCCCUGGUGGACGAGACGGACGGCCAGGCGGCGCAGAGCGACCCCAGCCGCUCCGCCGCGUCUCUGGAGAAAUGGGGCUGGAUCAUGUUUGAAUGCGGCAUCGAGAACCUGACGGUGAAAGGGGGCCGUCAGUCCGGGGCCGUCCUCUACAACGCCUUCGGUGUGAUGGGCCACUGCGACGCCGCGGGGAAGACGGGCCUGACCAAGUCCAACGGCUCCACGGGCUCCCAGACGGGCAGCGGCUACAGCACCGACGUCUCCGACGACAACCUGCCCCACGACGUCGUCAGCCCCAACUCUGACGCUAACGAGCACUCAGACUCUGACGAUCAGGAUGAAGGCGUAGAGUCAGACGACCUGAAGAAAGACCUGCCCCUCAUCCCGCCCCCCCCGGACUCCAGCAGCAUGAAGCUGACCAUCAGGGAGAUCUGGUUCAGCUUCGCUGCUCCCACUAACGUCCGCUCAGCCUCUCAGACCAUCUCAAGACAGCUGAACCUGCUCAGCACCGCCACGCCCGCCAUCGGCGCCUGGCUCGUCCCCAUCGACCAGCUCAAGUCCUCGCUGCGCAAACUGGACAUGGAGGGAACGCUGCGUGUCUGCGCCGUCAUGGGCUGCAUCAUGACCGAAGCGCUGGAGAAAAAGAGCAUCCACAUCCCGAUCCGGAGCAAGUACAACCGAGUGACCAAGAGGGCCCGCUACCUGCAUGAGAACCCGUCCUGCAUGCUCUGCAACAUCCUGCACCGCUACCUGCAGCAGGCCGACUACUCCAUCAUAGAGGAGGCCACCAUGAACGACGGCGUCCCGGCUCUGGUCACCCUGAAGAAGGGCCUGGUUGCUCUGGCCAGACAGUGGAUGAAAUUCAUCGUUGUGACUCAGGGCUUUAAGGCCAUUGGUCUGAUGGGACCCAGCCAGCUCGCCAAGCCCAAGGAGGCCCAGCGCAGCCGGGCCGACACCGCCCUGGGUCUGGAUAACGGCGCCGCGCUGCAGAGCGACACCAGCGCCGACGGAGCCGAGUUUGAAUUUGACGCAGCCGCAGUGAGCGAGCACACCAUGCUGCUGGAAGGAGUAAGCAGUCGGCCCCCGCCCAAGGAGCCCAACGCCGGCCCCGUCAGCGGAGUGGAGAUCAUGAGGAAGCUCUCCAAGUCCCACACCCACAGCGAGUCUGCUCACAGAAUCAAGGGCUCGCAUCCCUACCAGUCGCUGAGCUACACCAGCGGCGACACGGCCGCCGACUCGCCCGCCCACGUCAGCCGCGGCGGCCUGCCGGCCAAGGACAGCCCGCGCAAGGAGAGCCUCCUGAGCAACCUGACCGGCAGCUUCCGCAGUCUGCACAACCUGCUGGAGGGCACGCCUCAGAGGAACGACGCCGCCAACGCCGCCGCCAAGAGCGGCUCGCUGACGCGUGGAGGGACGGACAUGCUGACCGAGCACCCGCUGCUGUCCGAGCCGUCCUCCGUCAGCUUCUACAACUGGAUGUCCAACGCCGUGGGGAACCGGACCAGCGCCGCCACCCAGGAGUCCCCGGUCAGUCGGCCCCAGCCAGGUGGGAUGUGCAACCUGCCCACCAUCCCCUCAGCGUCAGACUUCAACACUGUGCUGUCCAGCGACCAGAACACUCUGGACGGGACCCCUUCACAGAACUCUCAGCACAGCACCAGCCAGGAAGACAUCGUGGACAUCGAGGAGGGGAACCAGUGUCCAGCUGCCGUUCAGCUGGCCGAUGCUCAGGUCGUCUUCAAGCCGCUGCUGAGCUACACGGGCAUCCAGGCCCAGGACGCCACGCCGCUCAGUUACAAGAUGUACUUUGGGGAACACUUGUCUUUCUCUGGCAACCUGGAAUGUCUGAGGGCCGACAUCGUGGACUCUGAUACGUCCAAAGAGCGUAAAAACAAGCGAUCCAGGAGACCGGGCCUGGUCAACCUGCCUCCCCUGGAGUUCAAGCCCGCCCUGCUGAUCGAGACCUUCAGCGUGAACGCCGUGGUGAUGGAGAAGUCCACCAGCGCCGCUCAGGGCCCCUCGGCGGCGCCGCUCUCCUUCCACGACCUGAACCGGCGCCAGUACAACACCUUCCACUGCGACUUCACCACGGCCUGCCAGGCCAUCAGCCAGCGCGUGGACAUGGCGCUGGUGCGCCUCAUCCACCAGUUCAGCACCAUGAUCGACGACAUCAAGGCCACGCAGACCGACAUCAAGCUGAGCCGCUACACCGCCGGCUCCACCUCCCCCACCCCCACCUUCAAGGCCCGGCCGUACCGCCACAUCCUGUCCUCCGACUUCAGCCGCAGCUCCAAGGGGAGCCUGAACGGGGCGGGCCGGCCCGGGACCCAAACGCUGAAGACCAAGCGCGGCGUCGGCGCCGGCGGAGGAGGCGGUCAGCCCCCGAACGGACCCCCGUCCAGCAUGGACACGCUGGGGAGACGGGAGCCGAGAGGACGAAGCUCCCUCGGCCGCUCCGAGCGCCGCACCUCUAAGGUGUCCAGGAAGGGCUCCCGUGACGUGGCCGACCACAUGCCGAUCCAGAUGGACGACUCUGACUCCAUCACGGUGUCGGAGCAGAGCGAGCCGUCCGCAGAAUGCUGGCAGAACAUGUACAAGCUGCUCAACUUCUACUCCCUCAUCUCAGACCCCACAGGCAUUCUGGAGAAAAGCUCGCCGGAGAACUGCCUCUCAGAAGGAGGCCGCCGCCCCUCAGAGCCGCUCUGCAAGGUCAUCUUUGAGAACGAGCAGCAGGAACCGGCCACGCCCAGCAAGCCGCUGGGAGCGGGCGGCCGGCGGCGCAGCCUGGCGAGCGCCGAGCCGCAGCACGUCACGCUGAUCGUGUUCGGCAUCGGCAUGGUGAACCGCACGCACCUGGAGGCCGACAUCGGCGGGCUGACCAUGGAGGCGGAGCUGAAGAAGAUCCACGGCUCCUUCACCCUCAAGGAGAAGAUGAAGGAUAUCCUUCACCAGAAGAUGACGGAGACGUGCGCCUCGGCUCACAUAGGAGGAGUUAACAUCGUCCUGCUGGAGGGCAUCACUCCUGACAUUCAACUGGAGGACUUUCCCACGUCUCCCACCAGCACCGCUAAACAAGAGUUUCUAACGGUCGUCAAAUGCACCAUCGCCAAGUCCCAGGCCCUGUACAGCGCCCAGCGGGGCCUGAAGACCAACAACGCCACCGUCUUCAAAGUGGGCUCCAUCAUGAUCAACAUCCCGCAGCACCCGGCCACCCUGCACAGCAUGAUGGUGCGCAGCUCCCACCAGCUCUCCAAGCAGAUCUCAGACCUGAUCCGCCAGCCCUCCACCGCGCACCCGAACCGAGAGGACACGCCCACCCCGCAGCCGUCGGACAGAGCCUCCAGCAUCAACCAGACCCCCGUGGAGGCCAACGAGUUCCCCCAGCUCCCCGAGGGGCUGGAGAAGAAGCCCAUCGUCCUCAAGUUCAGCGCCAUGAUGGACGGCAUCACCAUCGGAGCGGCGCUGCUGCCCUCGCUCAAAGCCGAGUACAAGAUGGGUCCGGUGAAGAGCCACGGCAUGACGGGAGCUCAGACCAGUUUCACCUUUGAGCUGCCGAACCACAAGCUGUGCUUCCAGUCCAAGGUGUCCCCGGUGGACAUGUCCACCAUGUCUCCGUCGGCCAGCCUCAGUCUGCCCCCCGUCACCAUGUCGGGGGAGUACAUCAUGGAGGACCACGAGAGCCACUCCGACCAGAGCUGGGCUGCAGAGGACUUCCCGGCCAAGCAGGGCAACUACCUGCAGGGCAACUACCUGCGCUGCGUAGCAGAGAUCGGCUCCUUUGAACACAACCUGACCACAGACCUGCUCAACCACCUGGUGUUUCUGCAGAAGGUGUUCAUGAAAGAAGUCAACGAGGUCAUCCAGAAGGUUUCAGGAGGCGAGCAGCCCAUCCCGCUGUGGAACGAGCACGACUCCUCGACCGACGCCGACAAGCCCAAGAUCCUGCUCUACUCCCUCAGCCUCAUGUUCAAGGGCAUCCAGAUGACGGCCACCACGCCGUCCAUGCGGGCGGUGCGCUUUGAGACGGGCCUGAUCGAGCUGGAGCUCUCCAACAGGAUCCAGUGCAAGGCUCAGCCUGGAGGCAGCAGCAGCUACCUCAAGCUCUUCGGCAAAUGCCAAGUGGACCUGAACCUGGCGCUGGGACAGAUCGUCAAGCAUCAGGUGUACGAGGAGGCCGGCUCAGACUUCCACCAGGUGGCGUACUUCCGGACGCGGAUCGGCCUGAGAAACGCGCUGCAGGAGGAGAUAAGCGGCUCGUCGGACAAGGAGGCCGUGCUGAUAACGCUGAACCGGCCCAUAGUCUUCGCUCAGCCGGUGGCGUUCGACAGAGCUGUGCUCUUCUGGCUCAACUACAAGGCGGCGUACGACAACUGGAACGAGCAGCGCCUGGCCCUCAACAAGGACAUCCACGUGGCCACCAAGGAGGUGGUGGACAAGCUGCCGGGCAUCCAGCAGACCUCAGCGCAGGCCUUCAGCACGCUCUUCCUGCAGCUCACCGUCAACGACCUGGGUAUAUGCCUCCCCAUUACCAACGCCUCCCAGAAAGGCCCGGCGGCGGCGGGGCAGGAGGCCAGCUCUGAGGCCGGGGGCGGCACAGCAGCGAGCCAGCCCAAACGCCCCCCAAAAGCCAACCACAGCAUAGACUUUGACACCGGCUCGGCUCUGGUCCUGACCAUCGAGAGCACGCUGAUCACCGCCUGCUCCUCCGAGUCCCUGGUGAGCAAAGGCCACUUCAAGAACUUCUGCAUCCGCUUCGCCGAGGGCUUCGAGACGUCCUGGGACGACUGGAAGCCCGAGGUGCGGGGCGACCUCGUCAUGAACGCAUGCCUGGUUCCUGAUGGGACCUACGAGGUGUGCUCCAGGACCACCGGCCAGCCGUCCGCAGAGAGCAGCAGCGCCGGCACCUGGACCCUGAACGUGCUGUGGAAGAUGUGUGGCAUCGACGUCCACAUGGACCCCAACAUCGGCAAGCGGCUCAACGCCCUGGGCAACACGCUGACGUCGCUGACGGGCGAGGAGGACGUGGACGACAUCACCGACCUGAACUCCGUGGACAUGGGGGACCUGUCCGACGAGGACGAAGCCGACACCAUGUCGCCCACCGUCCACAUGAGCUCAGAGAACCAGUUCAGCCCCCGGCUGACCCUAAAGCGGCGUCUGGUAAACCACAUCCUGGGCCUCAGCCCCAGGCCUCAGAGUGUCUCUGUCCCUGAGGACUGCUUACACAGCCCCACCGCGUCCAGAACCAGAACCCAGAGACCCCUCUCCUGGGCCUGUGAGAACCUGGACCCCCGCAGGCAGAUGCUGGGGAACCAGGCGGUGGACGCGCGCGGCAGGAAGGUCACCAAGCGGGUGGUGGACAUCCGGGAGCUGAACGAGCAGGCCAAAGUCAUCGACGACCUGAAGAAACUGGGGGCCAGCGAGGGAACCAUCAACCAGGAGAUCCAGCGGUACCAGCAGCUGGAGUCUGUGGCCGUGCAGGACAUCCGCAGAGACGUGAGGAAGAAGCUGCGCCGCUCCAGCAUGAGGGCGGCCUCUCUGAAGGAUAAAUGGGGUCUCGGCUACAAACCCAGCUAUAACCGCUCCAAGAGCAUCUCAGCAGCGGCGGGUCGGGCUCCUCUGAAGCGCGUCGACAGACAAAGCUCCAAGAUGGGGGACAUGGAGGAUUUCCCAGAAGUGCGUGUGGACGCGUCGUCCCCUGGACCGCGGGUGACCUUCAACAUCCAGGACCCGAACAAUUAUCAGCCUUUGGACGCUGCAGAUUCACCAGUCGACCCAGCACUGGUGUUUAAGUUCCCUGAGGAGUCAGAGGGCGAGCUGCUGUCCGUCACCAUCGACGACCCAUCCCAUCAUCACCUCCACCUCCAUUCUCCAUCCUGCAUGGAGGGCCAUCCGUCCGUGUUCAGUGCCCCCCCCACCCCCGCCGUCUUCUCACCCGCCGUUCCCUUCCAGCACUACGACUCGCGCCGUGACGACCCGUCCUCUUCGUCCUCCGAGGACUCCGAGAAGGAGGACGAGUUUGAGCGGGAGAGACCGCCCAGCUACCGCCGGCCCGUCCAGCCGCCUCUCAGGAAGCCCUCAGGCUUCUCCGCCGUCAGCCAGAUGUUCAGCGAGCGCUGGGCCAGCACGCCCACCAACCGCGGCUUCGGCGGCCCCGCCCCCGAGAAGAACAUCGACUUUGAGCUGGACGUGCGCGUGGAGAUCGACAGCGGGAAGUGCGUGCUGCACACGGCCACGCAGCAGUCGGAGCACGAGGAGAUCUCCCUGAGGAGGAGCUGUGACCGCAGCCUGAGGAGUCUGGACCAGGACUCCCCCCCCAAGAAGAAGAAGCUGCAGCCGGCCUACACCUCCACCACCCACCUCCUGGCCGGCAAGAAAUGCCCGUCCAGCCUGCAGACCAAGUCCAACGACCUGGAGACCACGGUCUUCUACAUCCCAGGAGUGGACGUGAAGCUGCACUACAACUCCAAGACCCUGAAGACGGAGUCUCCCAGCGCCUCGCGGGGGUCCUCUCUGCCCCGCACGCUCUCCAAAGAGUCCAAGCUGUACGGUAUGAAAGAUACCGCCCCCCCCAAUGCUGCCCAAAGCAAGGCUAACUCGCUCCUACCUCCCCCGCCCCCACCUGUUGCUGCAGCCAAAGCCAAGAGCGUCGGGGGGGUGAAGACGGCCAAGCUGUACGCCUGGGUGGCCCUGCAGACGCUGCCGGAGGAAAUGGUCAUCAGUCCGUGUCUGCUGGACUUCCUGGAGAAAGCCCUGGAGACCAUCCCCAUCACCCCCGUGGACCGGAGCUACGCAGCCGCGGCCACCCAGGAGGAGGACAUGGGUCAGUUUGAUCCAGUGGACCCGAUGGAGGAGUCCACCACCUCCCUGGUCUCCUCCUCCACCUCCGCCUACUCCUCCUUCCCUGUGGACGUGGUCGUCUAUGUCAGAGUGCAGCCCUCACAGAUCCGCUUCAGCUGCCUGCCCAUGUCCAGGGUGGAGUGCAUGCUCAAGCUGCCGUCUCUGGACCUGGUCUUCUCCUCCAACCGUGGAGAGCUGGAGACGGCGCCGGUGACCAACGCCGCCGACGGACCCCCGCCGCCCUCCUCCACGCCGCCCGGUCAGCCCAGGCCCCCCCCCAGUAAAGCGUCGCCGCUGCUGGGGAGCCCUCUGAGCCGCAGCCGCCACAGCAGCAGCCAGUCGGACCUCACCGGCCCCCCCGCCAACUCCUCCGGCCUGAGCUUCACCGCCUGCAUGUCCGACUUCUCCCUCUACGUCUUCCACCCCUACGGCGCCGGCAAGCAGAAGUCUGCGGUGACGGGCCUGCCCCCGGGCCCGGGCCCGCUAGAUGACGAGCCGUCCUCGGUGACGGGGAGGAAGGACUCGCUGUGCAUCAACCUGGAGUUUGUGAAAGUCAGCCUAUCCAGGAUGAGGCGGACCGGCGCGCCCACCUUCGUGGAGAGCUUCGUGUCGCCUAAAGGAGGAAAGAUGGACACCACCCUCAUCAACAUCUCAGCCGUGUGUGACAUCGGCUCGGCAUCCUUCAAGUACGACAUGCGGCGUCUGAGUGAGAUCCUGGCCUUCCCCAGAGCCUGGUACCGCCGCAGCAUCGCCCGCCGCCUCUUCCUGGGAGACCAGACCAUCAAUCUGCCUCCCUCCGGUCCCGCCACCCCAGACUCUGCUGAGAGCAUCACCCAGCACCUGUCCCCCGAGUCCAGCCGUAAGGCCUACUGGAGGACGUGGGACGGCAGCUCGGCCGCGCACGGCCCCCAGUCACCCCACGUCUUCUCAGAGCACAGCAGCAUGUCCCCGGGCCUGGGCCACCUCAAGUCCCCGGCACCGGGCCGCACCCGCAGCGUGUCCGACUCCUCCGCCCCCAGGAGAGACUCGGUGACCAGAACCUCCACGCCGUCGUUGGGGAAGAACGGGAAGGCGGCGGGUCAGCAGGGCUCGCCCUGGGAGACGCUGGUGGUGUUCGCCAUCAACCUGAAGCAGCUCACCGUGCAGAUGAACAUGAGCAACGUGAUGGGCAACAACACCUGGACCACCAGCGGCCUGAAGAGCCAGGGCCGCCUGUCUGUCGGCAGCAACCGGGACCGAGAGAUCAGCAUGUCGGUGGGCCUCGGCCGCUCCAAGCUCGACUCCAAGGGCGGAGUGGUGGGCGGCAACAUCGACGUGAACACCCUGGAGAUGGUCUCGCACAUCUCUGAGCAUCCCAACCAGCAGCCCAGCCACAAGAUCCAGAUCACCAUGGGCUCCACGGAGGCCCGGGUGGACUACAUGGGCUCCAGCAUCCUGAUGGGCGUGUUCAGCAACGCCGACCUGCAGCUGCAGGACGAGUGGAAGGUCAACCUGUGCACGGUGGACACCAGCCUCUCUGAGAAAAGCGAGAUCUUUGUCCACGGCGACCUGCAGUGGGACAUCUUCCAGGUGAUCAUCUCCCGCUCCACCACGCCAGACCUCAUCAAGAUCGGCAUGAAGCUGCAGGAGUUCUUCACGCAGCAGUUCGACACCAGCAAGCGGGCCCUGUCCACGUGGGGCCCCGGCCCCUACCUGCCCCCCAAGACCCCCGUCAUCAACGCCGACAAAGGAGCAGCGGAGCUGUACGUGGACGCCGCCCAUCACCGCCACUGGCCCGGCGUGCUGAAGGUCAUCGCCGGCUGCCACAUCUCCCUCUUCCAGAUGCCUCUGCCUGAGGACGCCGUGCAGCUGGGCGGCUCCAUGAGUCUCCACGGCAACCACAUGACGCUGGCCUGCUUCCACGGGCCCAACUUCCGCUCCAAGCUGUGGGCGCUGUUCCACCUGGAGGAGCCCAACAUCGCCUUCUGGACGGAGGCGCAGAAGAUCUGGGAGGACGGCUCCAAGGAUGACUCCACCUACAUCGUGCAGACGCUGGACUUCCACCUGGGUCACAACACCAUGGUGACGAAGCCCUGCGGCGCCCUGGAGAGCCCCAUGGCCACCAUAACCAAAAUCACCCGUGGACGCCACGAGAACCCGCCGCACGGCGUGGCCACGGUCAAGGAGUGGUUCAACUACGUCACCGCCAUGAGGAACAAAGAGCUCAACCUGCUGAGGAACGUGGACGCCAACAACGAGGAGAGCGGCGCGGCGGCCAAGAGCUCCAGCCUGCUGAGCAACUUCCGAGGCUCCCACACCUACGACCACGAAACCGAGACCAUCUUCGCCCUUCCCAGAAUGCAGCUGGACUUCAAGUCCAUUCACGUGCAGGAUUCAGACGAGCCGUCUCUGGCGGACUCCAGCAGCAAACCCAAGGUGGAGUGCAGCAUGGUGACGGAGUUCACCGACCACAUCUGCGUCACCAUGGACGCCGAGCUCAUCAUGUUCCUGCACGACCUGGUGUCCGCCUACCUGAAGGAGAAGGAGAAAGCCCUCUUCGCCCCCCGCAUGUUCGCGGCUCGGCAGGGCCAGAAGAGUCCCACGGCGCUGCACGACGACGGCGCCGACAGGGACCGGGACGACGCCAUCAACUACACCACGGUGGACUGGAGGGAGUUCAUGUGCAACACGUGGCACCUGGAGCCCACGCUCAGGUUAAUUUCCUGGACCGGCAGGAAGAUCGACCCCGUCGGGGUGGACUACAUCCUCCAGAAACUGGGCUUCCACCACGCCAGGACUACAAUUCCCAAGUGGCUGCAGCGGGGCGUGAUGGACCCGCUGGACAAAGUGCUGUCGGUGCUCAUCAAGAAGCUGGGCACCGCCCUUCAGGACGAGAAGGAGAAGAAAGGCCGGGACAAAGAGGAACACUGAGGAACCCUGAGGAACACUGAGGAACCCAGAGGAACCCUGAGGAACCCAGAGGAACCCAGAGGAACCCUGAGGAACCCAGAGGAACCCAGUCUCUUAGACCAGUUCACCCACUAAACCCUGUGAUUGUGCUUGUUUACAGCGGGGAGUACCACUCUGAGCUCAGACCCAAAACGUUUUGCACCAAUUUUAGUUUUUACCAGAACAAAGUUGCUCAUGUUAGUAUUAUUGAACAGCUUUAACGCGGACCGGUUCCACCUGAUGUGAUGUGACUGGAACAUUUGUCUUAAAGCUAACGGUAGUCCAUGUUAAACCAUUGCCUUUUUCUUUGUUUCCCAUGGAACACGUGCUAGGCAUGCUUUAUUAGUGACCAUCAGCAGCUGCAGCCAUGAUUGUAAGUAGCUUCGUUAUUUAUGGCGACGUGAGAAAGUCUAGGAGAUGUCGUAGCUUCCGCCGUCUUUUUUAAUCCAUGCAGUAGAACCAGUGUACAUAGAUCCGUUUCUUAAAUGUGUUGAUUUCUUAACUUAAUAAAACUGUUGCCAUUCAGUUUGACAUCA